AUGGCUACAUAUUUGUCUGCUGGGGAAGGCGGGUCAUCUUACGAAACACCUGUUGGAUAACACGCCCAUUUUUCCGCCAAUUCACGCCCAUUUUUCUGCCAUUAAAUUAAAUAUGUCCAUCUACCGAAACACCGUCUGGUUCGUGAAGGGGCUCAGAGAAUAUACGAAGGGUGGAUAUCUAGUAGCCAGUAAGAAUUUCCAAGAAAAUGAUUUAGAAGUCGAUUGCACUGGGCGCCACUAUAUGAUAACAGGUGCAAAUAGUGGCAUUGGGAAAUGCAUAGCUACUGAAAUUGCAAAACAUGGAGGAACAGUUCACAUGGUGUGUCGUAAUUCUACUACUGCUGAAGAGGCCAAGAAAGAAAUUGUAGAAACAUCUGGAAAUGAGAAUGUCUUUGUGCAUAUUUUGGAUAUAUCCCAACCAAAAAGUGUGCACCAAUUUGCCAGCGAAUUUGAAAAGACCAGUGACAGUCUCCAUGUUUUGGUAAACAAUGCAGGAUGUAUGGUUAAUCAGCGAGAACUCAGUGAAGAUAACUUGGAGAAAAAUUUUGCCACCAAUACACUUGGUACCUAUCUUCUCACAAGAACCUUGUUACCUCUUUUGAAAAAGAGUGAAAAACCACGAGUGGUGACAGUCACAUCUGGGGGAAUGCUUGUCCAGAAGCUAAAUCCUGAUGACUUGCAGUUUGAGAAGAUGAAACCAUUUGAUGGCACCAUGGCCUACGCUCAAAAUAAGAGACAACAGGUUGUAAUGACAGAAAGAUUAGCUUUAGAACAUCCAGAAAUACAUUUCUCAUGCAUGCAUCCGGGAUGGGCUGAUACUCCAGCUGUUCGAUCCUCCAUGCCCGACUUUUAUAAUAAGAUGAAAGAUAAAUUAAGAACAGCUGAAGAAGGGGCAGAUACAGCAGUCUGGUUGGCCAUCUCUCCAAGUGCUGAAAUACAUAAAUCAGGAUUAUUUUUCCAAGAUCGGGCACCUGCAUCAACUCACCUUCCACUGGCAUGGACUAAGGUAUGCAGUGAUGUUGAGGGAAAGUUCAUGAAAUCAUUAGAAGACCUUGCAGCACAGUUUUCUUAGAUAAAUAGUGUUACAACAAGUACUGUAAUAAAAUGUAUCACUACCUCAAGAUGGGCUUCUGCUAAUCAGACAGGUAAUGUUUAUGAAAGUCAAGUGUUUAACCCAUUAAAUUAUACUCUGUAUACAGGACUUUGUUACUGUAGCGGAAAGUACAGUAGUCAAAUACACAUACGAGCCCUUGUUUUGUAAAAAUCCAUAACAUCUGACAAUUGCAAAAUCAUACCAGCAUUACAGCUUCGUAUUGUUUGCAGUCACUGCAAAUAUGCACUUGGUUUCAUUUAAGCUGAUUAGAUCUUUGUUUAUUCUCCUUCUUUUAUUCUUUUAACAAUUUUUUUUUAUCCUGACUCAAAUUGAUGUGGAUGCUGUUCUUGUUCUUGUCAGAUUUAUGUGGUAAGUAGUAAAUAAAUAGUUUGAUUUUUUAUUUUAGAUUAUAUGUAUAUGGUAAUUUUUUUCUUUUGUGCACUGUGCCGUAUACUGUUCUCCUGUUAUGUUUCUUUGUAUGUAUAUUUAAACAUAUCUUAUGAUUAAUUGCUUAAUGAUUUAAUAUAAUGAGUACUAAUCCGCUGGAUAUUUGAAUGUACAUAUUAAGCACUCUUGAGUAAAGGAGCUUAGUUUGGAACUUAAUACAAGUUUAUUAUUAUGAGGAAAUAGUAUACUACUAUUUAGUAGGCCCUUGGCAGCUAAGUUUGUAAUUUCCAUAUUUUGUAGCAUUUUGAGGGACCUGCUGUAGCUAUACUUGGUGAUGUCUGUAGUUAUGUUGUACACUGUAGUGAUUUUUGGGUUUUCUUUAGAGCUUUAUUAAUACUAAACCUUUCAUAGUAUGGUAUUAAUCAGGUUCAUACUUAUCUGAUAACUUUUAUAAACUGUAUUGCAAAGCUGUAGUUUUCAUAAUCUGUAACUACCAUGUGAAAUGGCUAUCAUUUGUAUACAAAUACCUCAGGUGCAUUCAAUUAAUAUAUUUAAGUAGUAUGUGUAAAACAAGGGUGUCUAUUGAUGUAGCAAUAAAACUGAAACACUUAUAAAAGUUCACCAUUUCUGAGGAUGUUGGUUAUCUUUUAUAAUUAAGUGCCCACUUCCUAACCCUCUAGAUUUAUGUAAUGGUAAUAAGCCAACAGAAAAUGGAAUGACUGACACUUUUGUGAAGGCUCUACUUGCAUCAUAAAUAGUAGCAGAGAUAUUUGGAAAGCAUAGAUUUAUUGUACCAUUGAAUGAAACAUUUAAAACCUCUGUAAUAAAAUUCAUGGCAGACAUAGGUACACAGUCCCUUAAAUCACACAACAUUUUACCAUUAUUAUUUUGUUAGAACUCACACAGCAUGUUACCAACAUUUUGUUAGAAUUUUAAGCUUGCAGAUCCAUGGUUUCAGAUGGAAAAGAAAUCAAGAAAAAUAAGAGUAAUUUGCAUUCACAAAUGACUGUGCCAGAAAAUUUCAUUAAUCUUUUGAAGGGGUGGAACAAUAAUACCCAAUGUAUGCACAUUAAAUUGUUACAGCAGAUAUGAUAUUCAUGUGUUAGUGUAAUUUGAAAACCAGUAGCUAAGUGAUCACUUAGAAAAAAGGGAACUUAGUAUAUAUGGUAGGAUAUUUAGAAAUCUAGAGAUGCAAUAAAUUUUUUUUGAAUAUUUUCUGCAGUGCACUAGAAUAAAAUAGAAAAUAGAAUUUAGGUCAAAGGCCUAGUGUUGGGACCUAAAGGCCCAUUCAGUGCUGAAAUGGAAAUUGACAGCAAAAAGGUUUGAAAGGUGUAACGGUAGGAAAACCUCGCAGUUGUAUUAAGAAUCAGUUGUUAGGAGAGGGUGGGAAAACAGAAGGAAGUAAGAAUUUUGCCAGUGCAGUAAUUAUGAGAUGAUCUUUAUUUGCAAAGACAAGAGGAAAACAUGUUAUAAGCUAAGUUCAGUAACUUGUACUUUAAGGUUAAUAAUCAUAAUGUAAAGUAAGAAUACAUACCAGACAUCUUUCUGUUUUUAUGUAAAUGUCUGAUCAGAAGGGUUGUUUUAUAGUAUUACCUGCAUUAUCAGGUAACUUCAACAGUUGUAGAUAAUAAUUGUUUGUGUUGGUAAUUAAGUUUCUACUGAACAUUAUGUUGCAUUUUAUUUGCUAUCCUGAUGUGUCAGUAAAUAUCUAUGGUAACAUAAUACACUAGUCGCAUUUCUUUGUACAAAUGUUUAUUCGUAAGGUUUUUAUUUAUUAAAUAAAUAGCUAGCUUCAGGAAUUUUAAACUGAUAUUGUUAUGCAUCAGUCAUCAUGUUUCUUGUGUUAGUUGCAUUUUGUUAGCUUUCAUCAAAUUAUCAUUUUCUCUUCUGCUCCCUUUGCCUGCCUCCGACACCUUAAAAUGUUUGCACUAUUCUGCAUUAAAGUUUCAAUACUUGAUAUUUGACUAUUUGUAUUAAUUUUUUAACAAGUCAAUAUGCAUAACAUUACAAUAUCAGUAAUAUGUAUAAAAGAGAGAGAUUGCAACCAGUAGUUAGGUUUGGUAGAAUAUCCAGUUCAAGUAUAAUCUAACCUAGUUUAUAUACCUGGUUUGUAGUCAAGAACAAGAAACCUUCCUUUCCACUACAAGGUGGUUCUCAUUCUCUCCACUGAACUUGAAAGGAAAAUUUUUUUAUCUCCUCUGGCACUUUUGUGACAUAUCAUGCCACCUCUUCCCACAUUUACUCUGGAAAUCAGUCAUCCUCUUUUACACGUACCAUUGACUUAUUCUACUGUCUACUGUCAUGAUGUGCAACUCUCCCGUUUCAUUUUUCUCAGCCCAUAACCUCCCUUUCUCUUAAAAGAGGCAAGUCUGUCACUUACUUUGUGGUUGGGUCUGUCACUUCGUUAAGGCUGAGGCCACCCUUUCUUCGUUUUCAUUUUUCUGUGGCCACAGCUAGAUAAGAACAUUAGGGCCAGCCCAUUAGCUUUUGCUCUAAAAAACUUAUGAAAACAGUGAGGGAGCAAAAUGUUGCAAACAGUAGCAAUGUUACUUUUUAAAGAAGUAAUCAAACUACACAUAGUAGUCACACAAUAACAUACAUAAACAUGAAUAAAGCAGUCAGUUACUACUGUGUCAUAACCUCAUUUUAGACUUUCCGUUUAGCUAUGCUAAUCAUGUAUAUGCCUUGGAAUGAAUUUUCUCAGGGAUUUUCCUUACCACUUGAACUCUGACCUUUACCAGUUGCCUAGUCAAACACUAUGAUCUUUCAUGCCAUUUUGUAGUUUGGAAAUUUGUUAGGCACUUUUCAUUGGGAGUCCAUAGGUAUGCAUAAUUAGCCUCCAGGUGCAAACCUGAAUUCAUUUGGUUUCCAAACCAAGCUGAUUCGCAUAGUUCAUGCUAAUCAUUGCCUGUUUUAGAGGGCACAAUGAGAAGGAUUAUUUUCAUCCAUGAUAAUAGUCUGCCCAUGCAGUGUAGAAACCUUGGUUUUGGGCAAUAUAGCAUAGAUAAAAUUUAUUUUUAUGAAAAUUUAUCAGAUGUGAAAUGUUUGUAUAGUAUAAAAGUUUGCAUUUUCUUUAUGUAUAGGACAAUUAAAUAGUUGAAUAAUAUAUCAAUGAAACAUUGUUUAUGGGUAAUAAAACAGGAGUAAACAAAAUAGUAUGUAAGUAUGAGGAAUUUAUCAACAUCUCGGUAAUCACUAAACCUAUAGUGAAUAUGAAGCAAAUGCACAAAUCUCUGUGUGAGUGUACUUUUUCAGUUUGAAUGUUUUCACAACAAAGCUGUGAAUGUUGUACUUACAAAUAAAAUGAUUUAAGUGA